GUGUGUCUGACCCUCAUGGCUGGCAUGGAAAUUAUCUUUAACAAAUCUACAAACCUUGUACAGUAGCCGGUUUUCAGUGGACAAUUGCAAGGGAUGGAGUAUUUGCGCUCACUAUUUUGGAGAAGUGGUGAGGCGGAGAGUGAUGAGCUUAGCAAGGCUGCUAGCGGUGUCAUGAAGAAGCCAAAUGAGGAGGGAAUGUACUACAGUAGAGACAGUCUCAAGAACCUACAAUUCAGAGUGGUUCUCCGUAAAGUGACUGCCUCUGGAGGAGGAGCUGGGAUCAUCAGAGAGACUGGCAGGAUGAGUCGAGCCGCCAGCACUGCAGGGGAGCAAGACAACACUGAUGCGUGGGUGUUCAAAUGGCAGGAGAAGGUCUUUAGUCAGCAUGAAGAUGAAUUGUACGCCGAUGCCAACAACUGUGUCAAUCCAUUGCAACUGCGAUACCAUCGGGAAAUACUGCAGCAAAGGAGCGAGGGCUGUCGACCCAAUGGACGACUUUUUUCAUAUGUAGAAAAUGAUCAUUACCUACUCAGAUCAAAAGAGACUUCAAGGUACCGCACAUUCGCUAGUAAACACGCCAACUCCGUAAGAAAAAGACACACCAAAAAUACACGGGGCAUCUCCAAGUCAGUCAUCUGUGACCCUAUCCUGGAUCGUCCUAGCGAUGAUCAGAGAGUUGGCCACAGGAUCAAUACUCCAUCCAACCAGUCCAUGUGCCUCAUGGCAGACCUACGCAAACAGGAUGGUGUGGACCACAUGGACGAACAUCUUCUCUGCCAGAUUACAGUGGAUGGUCAUGGUCGAGUGACUCUCUGUCCUGACUUCACCCGAGACAGACCAGCUGUACGCAUCGAGAACAGACACAAAGAGGUGUUUGAGUAUCGACUGGAGAAUGUCUCAGAGCUCAUCUCACCAGAGGAGCAGCUCAAGGAGGACAGGGUUCAAAGAGAGCUGUAUGCUCGUCAUGCCAACUAUCUGAAGGCGUGUGUAGGAGAUACAUUCGUUAGCCCUCCUGAGGAGGGUUCUGUCAGGGUGUGCCUACAUGGAGAAAUAGUUUCAGGCGAGGGGUUUGAUUUGGAUGGCUUGUAUGUGAAGGCACAACUUGAACUUCCAGAAGGUUGGCAACUGGAAGAUAACCAACCCACCUCCUCAACCAAGCUCUCUGUCGUCUCUCAGAUAUCCAGAACCAAAUCUCGUCACCUGUGUAAUGUGGCUCACUUUGGGUGUCCCUUCGACUACCAUCUCAUUCACACCCCUACUGAAGAGCACUUGAGUCGUCGGCCGCGCCUACUGCUGGAGGUGUGCUCUCUGGACUACUGGGACCGACACCGCGUGGAGGGAUACGGAUACCUGGACCUGCCACACACUUCAGGAUCACAUGAUCUGACGCUGCACACAUGGCGGCCGGCUGGGAGGGGCGUGGUCGAUCAACUGAGACUACAUUUUGUGGGAGGAGCACAACAAAUCAACGACUUGUCAUAUGUAGCCUGUCCUAGAGAUUUGCAGGGAGAUCGUCUAAGUCGCUAUGGAUUCCAAACCGAGUCCUCGGGCAGUGUUCGAGUGCACCUAUACAUUGUACAGCAGAGCAGUUUGUUUGUGAAGGCAAGUCAAGAAUCUGAGUCCAACACGUUAAGGGACCUUCAAAGGACUCAGUUCAGUUUAAGUGCACUCAUGAGCGCUAAGAAGAGAGCACAUGUGUUGGCAACAACACUGCGAGCAAAGCAAUGAAUAUUUGUAUACAGCUAAUUUCCAUCACAUCAAUUGUGCAUAUAUAGCAUUCUCAUACCAGUUGAUCUAAUUAUGUGUGAAACAG